AUGUCGAAUCCCAAUAUCGGACUGGAGAACGAUGACGAACAAGAUCCGCCACUCCCAAGACCGAAUACUCCUAAAUCCAGCUCAAGAAAUCCCACCUCUGUAGCUCAAUCGUCCUCGUCCUCUCCCUCACAAUCAACAUCUCCCACACUCGCUUUUGUAAACAGCACGCUUGAGUCGUUUAAACAGCAACUGAAAUCAACUGAAUCAAAACCAAAACAGAAGCGAGUAAGAGCUACGCCUGAGCAAUUAGCUGCUCUACAGGACCAUUUCCAGAAAAACCCAUCGCCUGAUGCGACCGCCAGGGAGAGAUUGGCUGCAAUGCUGGGCAUGCCUGGACGGGUUGUCCAAGUAUGGUUUCAGAAUCGGAGAGCAAAGAUAAAAAAUCAGAUCAAGAGUGUUGGGCGGGCUGGUGUCUUUCUUGAGGAUGGGAGCAGUACCAAUACUGGGAUUACAGGACCGAUCAUGACUGGCGGCACUGGAGGAGGAAACAGUCCACCAUCAUCUGAACGGAACUCGCCUGAAUCGCCUGCCAUCAUACUAUCGCCAUAUCAGCGGGGAUCUAGUACCGGUGCCAAUACGACCGGAAGCAUACGGACUAGCACAAGCAGUGUUUUCACGGAUGUCGGAUAUUCUUCUGGUGUCGCUUCAAUGAAUGUUGCGGCUGGUAAAUUGCAGAUUACUGGUAAUUCUAUUGAUGUUGGACUGGAUUCGGCUGUAGAUAUCAACGAUUUGAAUAGAGACGGGUAUUAUAAUGAUGGGUUUAACUCUGGUGGGGGACCUGGUCGGACAGCUUAUCACUCGGUUACGGGUAUAAGGAAACAGAGAUCGCUGCCUGAAUUGGUGAUUAAUCCGGGUAAUCCGUACUAUCAGCAGCAGUCGUGGGAUUCGUAUGCUCCACCGCCUCCUCUUCCGCCGAUACCUGAACAAUAUAGUAACUCUCGACGCUCUGCACUCAAACUUCAACAACUCGACACUCAGUCACCUAAAAACAGUAUCCAGCAGCAACAACAACAGCUAGCAGGAAUGUAUGGCUCAUCAAACGAUGCCUUUGAUAUCAUGUUUCAGCAGCAGCAGCAACAACAACAGCUACACCAGUCUGUUGUAGUAGGACAACCAAAACCUUUGUAUACCUCAUCACCAUCAUCAAGUCAACUACAACAGCAACCUGGAUCACCCAUGCGAGGUGUGCUAUCAACAUCUCCAACCAGCAGCAGCCCACUACGGAAUGCACCGACCAUGACACUAGACCAUCCCCGAUAUGCUACUGAACCACGAACAGGCCCACCACGUACAAAGUCUCUACCAGCACUCCGAGACACGUACAUGUCAUACGAGUCAUCAGGAAGUCCACGGAGUCUGUUUGACCUGCCACCAGUUCCAGCGAUUCCAAAUCGGUAUUUGCCGAGGGCAGAUACCAAAUUGGAUAUUGAUCCGCAUCCUAGCUUUAGUCUGUUGUCGCAAUCUCAACAGCAACAGCAACAACAGCAGCAGCAGGGGUAUGGUGGUGGUAGUAUACGAAGCAGUGUGGAUUUGAUGAGGUCUGAGAUGGGUGAUUCCGGAGGAAUCCAACUUCGGACGGGUAAACCUAAUGAUAACAGGAUGGGAUUCUUUGGUUCAAAUACCAAUAGUGGUGCAAGUAGCAAUAGUAGUAGCACCAGUAUUAAUAGUAGUAGCAGUGGUCUCCCGAUGCCAACCAAUCCGUUAGCCAUGCCGAACGAACCACGGUAUAACAGUAAUAAUAUCGCCUUGCUGCCAUCACUACCGCCAUUUGUAGUUACGAGACCAAGUGCAAUCCCAUUUCCGUCUCACGGGAGGUACCAUACAGCUCCUGGAAGUAUGACAUCGUAUGGGUUGCAUCCGCCGUCUAGUAGUAUGAUGUAUCCUGAUAAUGCUGGAAUGAGCAGUAGUAACCAGCCAAACAAUAGUAAUAUGGUUGUUGGUAACCCACUACCACCAGUAAACAUGGUAAACAUGGGCAGUGGUGGUGGUGCUGCUGGAGGCGGAAUCACACUCCCUCAUCCAUCAAGCACAACACUCCUGGAUUCAUUAAACCAACGGCUCUUCCAAACACAGCAGUUGCAACAACAGCAGUUUCAGCAGCAGCAGAUCCAACAGCAACAGCAGUCUCAACAGCAAUUGCAGCAGGUGGAUGCUCGACAAGUAGGAGGAAUGCAGCCAGCUGUAAAUGUACGUGAUUUCAUCGGAUUCGGAACGGAUACAUCACAACAACUAUAUCAGCAGCAGCAACAGUUACGGAACGCGCAACAGGGGUUGCAGCGUAUGCCCUUGAAUCCCAUGUAUGCUACCACUGCGCCGCCUGUAUCGCAACAGCAGGACGAGAUGAUGCAUACAUCUCAGCAGCAGAGAAUGUAUAGUAGUAUGUUGGAUUACGCACCAACUGCAAGUGCAACACCGUAUGGGAGUAACAGUGGUAUAGCCAUCCCGCCGAAUAGUAUGCAGCAACAGGAUAAUAUCCUGACGUAUUCGACAAUGCAGCCGGGUGCAGAGUCUGGGUUUGGUGGUGGGAGCGGGAGUGGGACGUACCGGUCAUAG